AUGACGGCCCCGGAGUCAUUUUCCAUCGAAUCUGAAUCGGAUGAGCCACAGCGCCCCCCCUGCAAUCCUCUGUGCUUUCCGGUAUUUCUGGUCGUAAUUUUGUGGGGCCAGCUCUUACACGGAGUGUGUGCCGUACUGCUGCUCGUGGGGGUCCGUGUGGCCCCACAUGUAUCUGCUGACAUCUGCCUGCGCCUGCUCAGCGCCAGCUUCGCGACGACAGCAACCUCACAUCCAGUCGUUGAUGACACCAACGGGCCGGUGGUAUUCCUAUGCAACCACCGGAGCUGGGGCGACUUUCUGCUGGACUCCGCCUUGCUUGGAGCUCCCUCAUUUGUUUCAAGAUGGCUCGUCGCCUUGGGUAUUCCCAUGACUUCCGCUUGGGGAUACCUACAUGGCUGGAUUUGGUUCUUCCAACGCGGGAAAAAGCAUGCCGAGGGCACAGUCGCCUGGACGGCCAAGUUCUGGGAGAACAGCCACAAGGGCUACUCUGAGAAGGGGGUGGUCUUGUACCCGGAGGGUACCCGAAAUUUCGAGCCCCAGGGCCUGCCACUGAAACCGGGUGGUCUUGUCUCCAUGCACCAGUUAGGUUGGCCGAUACAGGUGGUCAUCACUACCAACAAGGAAUGGCUGGUGGGGGAGAAGUCCUGCUACGUUGGCUGCGGAACCU